UUGUUAGAUAAUGAUUCAAGGUCUCUGUAAGACCGUUCAAAGUGUUACGUAAUAUCACUCAACGUGUGAUGUCCGAACAAAGAUGAAGCUGCUGCUGAUCGUUGCUGUCCUCACCGUUUCAAAUGUCUGCACAGGACAAGACUUUGCUGUGAACGUCGACACCACGAGCGGUUCAUUCUACGUCGUUGUCCAGGGGAAAACCUGGUUGGAAAGCGGUCCCUACUUCUUCCGGGCGGAUGGAGACAUCUUCACCUUUGCCGAUGGCUCGCUACAGCUGGUCAAGCACAGCCAGUCCAGUGGUGUUGACCUGAUAGGUCAGUGGGACUCCAACAGCUUCGUGUAUCAGGCAGGGUCCACUCAGAUCGAGGCCAGCAUUGUACAGUACAAACCAGAUCCAAGCAUAUUCACCUACAACGAUCCGGCUUUACCGUUCGUGUUGUUCAAACAGAAGUUCAUCACCGGCUCCAACAACACAGCUGCUGACACUGUCUCGGAGACGAUUUCUGGCUUUCCAAGCAUUGCAUUAGAAGAGGUUGAAGUUCCAAUGGGCUACCUGUACUUUGCAGGAAAUCAGUUUGGUAGCCAGAGUAUGCAAGCUAACCUAUGGGGCGACACAACAUUUGACAUUCUCUACGGCCACGGAAGCGGCCCACUAGCUUUGUUUGACAGAUCUAAGACGGCGAACACCCUGAUCAUAGCUCCAGCAAGUGAGUUCAUGGCAUCAUCACUCUAUCACCAGAACAACCACAAAGGCAUCAAUAACGCUUUCUGGGGCAUAAUGGGAGGCGUGAACACUGUGCCAAAAGAUUUUGAGACAAGUUACAUCAUGUUCUGCGGCAACCAAGGAAUCAACAAAGCCUUUGUCAGCUGGGGAGAAAUACUCCAGACGUGGUAUGGGCAUAAGGAAGAAUUUGUCAAAUCUGAUAUGACAAUCAACUAUCUAGGAUACUGGACUGACAAUGGUGCAUAUUACUACCACGAGUCAGAGAAAGGAAAAAACUACCAGGACACUGUUUUGGAUGUUGUCAGUUACAUCCAGCAAAUUGGGCUUCCAGUCAGAUAUUUCCAGUAUGACGAUUGGUGGUACUACGUUGAUUCUCAUCACGCCAUCAUGCAAUGGGAACCCAGGCCUGACGUGUUUCCCAACGGAUUGGAGUGGCUGUACAACAAGACUAGCCUGCCUGUUCUGGCUCACAGCAAGUUUUGGUCAUCUAAUAAUACAUAUGCCAAGAAGAAUGGAGGCGCUUACAACUUCAUUAUUGAUGGGGAAAAAGCACUGCCAACUGAUGAGCGAUUUUGGCAAGAUCUUAUGUCUUCUGCGCGCCAGUGGGGGCUGGUUGUUUUCGAAGAGGACUCUUUAGACGCGCAGUUUGACAAAGUGACGCAGCUUCAUACUGACGUUAACUUGGGCAGGCAGUGGUUGAUGGAGAUGGGCAAAGCAGCUGCCAAUAAUGGCUUGAGAAUCCAAUAUUGCAUGACGUAUCCCCGCCACGCUCUCCAGUCACUGGAAAUACCUGUAGUAACACAGGCAAGGGCAAGCAGAGACUAUCAUCCCGGCAGUGACCACUGGAAGAUUGGCUUGACAUCACUGUUGGCUUGGGCAAUUGGUUUAGCUCCGUAUAAGGACAAUUUCUGGACAACUUCAAAUCAAACAGGCAACUCAUACAACGGGUCGGAACCAAACACAGCGCUGAAUGCAGUUGUCGCUACUCUGAGCACGGGUCCUGUCGGUAUAAGUGAUAUGGUCGGCGGGUCGAACAAAACAUUAAUCAUGAGAUCUGUCAAUGAGGACGGACUUAUUCUGAAACCAUCUCGUCCUGCUACCGCCAUAGACAAUAGGAUUCGAAGAAUUGCCUUUGGAGACUUUGAAGGACCAGACGGAGAGGUAUGGUCCACAUAUUCAGAUUUCGGAGGACAGAACAAGUAUGGUAUCAUCCUUGCCGCAGAGCUAAAUGGUGACUACUCGAUAACGCCCGACACUGCUGGCUACAAGGGAUUCCCAAGUUCCAUGAUCUUCCCUUACAACAACGCUAGCAAGAUCCAGCCUCUGACAGACGCUAAACCCCUCACCAUGAGUGGCUGCACCACUGUGGACUUUUGUCUAUUCUAUGUCUCGCCUAUCCUGAAGGUUCAGGGAAAGCAGGUGCUCAUUCAGGGCGAGUUAAGCAAGUGGGUUCCGAUGUCCCCGCAGAGAGUAACUGACAUCAGCAUCGGUGACGACAUCAUCAUCAGCCUGACUGGUGCAGCUGCAGAAUCUGUCACCUUCUGGUUCAAUGUGAAUGGAGUGUCCUCCCCUGUGAUGUGCAACCUCGGACCAGGCGGCAUUGCUUCUCUCAGCUUUAAUGACCAAACAUGCCGCUGAGAAUGAAACCAUGUCAGAAUUACUUUUUAAUAUAUACGGUUCAACAAACCAUAUCUAAAACCUACAAUCAGAUAAUAGAAUUAGUUAAAAUAUACAAGUAUUUGCCCGACCGUCGAUUAUAAAGGCAAACAAAACGUUGAAGAUCCUUUAGUGAUGAAAGUGAAAAACCGAUAUGAUAUGAUUCAAUGUCACCAACGCAUCAAAUCGUUGUCAUAAUAUUUUCAAAUGGGCACUGAAAGAAAAUCUAAGUUUCUUGCCUUGGCAAUUAUUAAUAAAAACGUAAUUCUUUGUUGGCUUUUAUUUGGCACUGUAGCCACUUCCACGCGUCGAAUGAUUUCCUGUUCAAGAUUUUAUAUAUAAGUAGGUUUUGGUUUUAUUGUAUUUGGAAUCAUGCUUAUUCGGAAUUUGUCAUAUGUAUGUAGUAUUAAAAAUGAAAUCUCUUA